AUGACUGAGCAAAAGGAAACUCCUAUCAAAGCCGCUGCAGAUGAUCUUACAAAAAAUAUUGCAGAGUAUAUGCAACUCCAGGCUGAAGAGCUUUCUGAUAACUUUGAGCUUGUUUUCCAGUUAAAUCAAGCUGCAAUUGGAAAAUAUAGCGAGCUUGUCGAUGAAGCUUCUUCAUUGAAAGAAAAGGCAACAGCACUUCAAGAACAAGAGAUUGGCGUUGCAUCAUUCCUUAGUAACCUAUCAGUUAUCGAAGCAGACAUCACAAACCUCGAAGAUACCAUUUCAAAACUUGAAGGAUAUUGCACAUUACUUGAAUCAAAGGUUGCCAAUGUUCAACAUUAA